AGUAAGGGUGCUCCAUUUUUUGGGCAUUCUUGCUAAUAAAUAAAGACAAUCAAAAUUCGCGUCAAAAAUCGAGAUCCGGUUCCGGUAUACGCUAUGGAGAUGGAAUCACACGAACGAGAUAGUGAUAUUGGUGAUGACAGUCCAGUGUCGCAUAAUGAAGAGGAACUAAGUGAUCCAGAAGGUGAUCUACACGAGGAUAUUGAUAGUAGCGAUGAAGCAAUACGAAGUCGUUUAUCACAGAAUAAUAUAAAUUUAGAUCAUCAUCCAGAUGUCUUAGCUAAACUUAAAAUGCAAGUACGCGACCUUAAGGUAUGGAGCGAUAUGGUACGGUAUUAUAAAAUAUAUGAACGUGAAGAAUUAGAACAAUUACAUAAAUCAAUGGUAAAUCAUACAAAUGGGGGCGGACUAUCAUCUGUUAUGGGUCCGGGCGGUGGUGGAGGCGGAGGCGGUGGUAACCCAUUGUUAACACCAGGCGGCGGUGGUUUAUCAAUGGCAUUUCCAUUUCCGCAUCCUGCUGCUGCUUUCCUUCCGCCGUUAGCACCGCCUCCGGCACCGCCGUCCUCUGGUGGCAGUAGUCACUCCUCAGAGGGUAGUGCUUCCAGUCAACACACGUGGUCAUUUGAAGAGCAAUUCAAACAGGUGCGUCAGUUAUAUGAAAUAAAUGAUGACCCCAAGCGAAAAGAAUUCCUGGACGAUUUAUUUUCGUAUAUGCAAAAACGCGGUACACCAAUAAAUCGUUUACCAAUAAUGGCAAAAUCAGUAUUAGACUUAUAUGAAUUAUAUAAUUUAGUAAUUGCACGUGGUGGACUUGUGGAUGUUAUUAAUAAGAAAUUAUGGCAAGAAAUUAUCAAAGGUUUACAUUUACCAUCGUCAAUAACAUCAGCUGCUUUUACACUUCGCACACAAUAUAUGAAAUACUUGUUCCCAUAUGAAUAUGAAAAACGUCGUUUAAGCACACCAGCCGAAUUACAAGCUGCAAUCGAUGGAAACCGACAUGGCAGACGUAGCAGUUAUGGUUCAUACAAUGAAAUGGUUCAUCCACCUAGAUAUAUGAAAUAUUUGUACCCAUAUGAAUGUGAAAAACGUCGUUUAAGCACACCAGCCGAAUUACAAGCUGCAAUAGAUGGAAACCGACGUGAAGGCAGACGUAGCAGUUAUGGUACAUACAAUGAAAUGGUGCAACGUAGUCCAAUACCUACAUCACAGAUGUCACCGUUAUCGUUAGUUACACAACAGCAAACAAUGAUGUCACGUAUGACGGGUGGUUUACCAAAUGGUGCACAUCAUCCUAGUCAUCCACCACCAUUAGGUCAACCACCUCUCGGUGGUCCCAUUCCUGGUCUAGCACCAUCCGAAUUCGAAGCACGUAUGGUUGAAUAUGUGAAAUUAUUGAAUAAGGAAUUACGAAAUACAGCAUCACCGACCGCUGCCCGACAUGGAUCAUCGUCCCCACCAAAUAAUACAACAUCACCAAUAAAUCCAUUAGAAAUGUCACGAUUAACAUUAUGGAAUUUAUAUAAUAAUAAUCCAACAGCACCUCCACCAAUAUUAAACCCACCACCGGUAUUAGAACCACAACGGGAAGCAUUAAAUUUAGCUGAUGUAAAUAAUAGUCCGCAAAAUAAUUCAUUAUCCACACCGAUAACAGCAAUGAAACGUGAACCGGAGCAUGAAGAACAACCACCAGCUAAACGACAUUUACAAGAUGACGAUAUGAGUCCACCAAAUUCACCAGCACCAUCAGAACUAUCACCGUCACAGCCACAGACACCCACAACACAUAUUGGUGGGCUUAGUACAAAUAUUAAAAUCACUAACAGAGGUGAUGCACGAAACGGUGAUAACUCAUUAGUUGUAAGUAUGGAAUUAAAUGGUGUUAUGUAUCAAGGUGUAUUAUUUGCUCAACAAUUGCAAAGUGGAAAUCGUAAUGCCAGGAUCUCAACGUGAAUAAAUUAAAAAUAAAUUAUUUUUAUCCCAUAUAAAACAUAUAUAUUAUAAAAUCUUCAUUCGUUUAUUAAAAAAAAAACCACCGCCAAAACAAAAAAAAGGUGCAAAACUGUAUACAAGUAGCAUAAUUGAAGAAACUGCAUAAUUUUAUUUAUAUAUAUAUUUUUUUUAAACCAAAAACUUUUUUAUACAAUGGCAAAAUUGUAUUUUUAACAAUAAUGACCUCUUUCAUAGUCUUGGUUAAAUGUCGAGCGGGACAUCUAUGUGAUAAAACUUUUCAAUAAUUGACAGAUAUGAUAUAGAUGUCUCAGAUGUUGGUGCCUAUCAGAGAAUAUAUCGGUAAAAUUUACUGAUAUAGUCUCUGGUACCUAUAAAUCAGGUCUGACCUCUUGUAGAUUUUACGUCUAACUAAGAUUGUGAGAGAUUUUUUAUUUUUUAAGUUUAUUUAAUUAUGCUAUUUUUUUUAAAAAGAAAUUCAAUUGUGAAGCAUAAAGCAUUUACAUAUCUCCUUUUCGCAUGAACAUAUUACCGCCAAAACUUAUUCUUGGUGGUCCGAAUCGGUCUAGUCAAAGAGUAGCACGUCUAUAUUCUUUGAUCUAGUAUAUUAGUAAGAGGGUCGGCAAUAAAAACGCGUAUGUUAUCGUUUUUAAAGAUCAUUUUUUACAUAAAUUUAGAUUGAGUACCGGGAUGAUUUCUCAACAGCUUUCGUAACAUUUAAUAUCAAAAAUUUGUUCUGUACGACCAAAGAAAUAAAUUGUUUGCAUUUUAUUUUAAAUUUUGAACUUGUCUGGUGUUGAUUCUAACACUUAUCUUGUAUUCAGCAGAUUCGUGACCUGUGCUUCAAAGCUCAGUUGUAAUGAACUGAAAAAAUAUCCAUCUUUAUGGCUGCCAUUAUCGACCACAUACCAUUAUUAUUGCCGAUUCUUACCAUAAAUGUUUUUUUUAUAUUUUAUGUAUUUUUUUAAAUUAUUUGCAAUG